CUGGCGGGCGGCCACCUCCGGGCAGGUCCGGCCCUCGCUGGCGGGUGGGGCUCGGGGAGAGGAGGAGCCUAGAGCUGAGCCACCGCCUCCGCCGAGGACCUUCCGCGGCCGCGCUAGUCACUACUCCGAGUGACGGGCUACAGAGCUACCAAAAUGUCAGGAGAGAUGGGCAAACCACUGAUCAGCCGCCGCCUAGUGGACAGCAACAGCAGCCUUGCUGAACCCCCCAGGGAGGCCCCCAAAGUGGGCAUCCUGGGUAGCGGGGACUUUGCCCGUUCCCUGGCCACACGCCUGGUGGGCUCUGGCUUCCAUGUGGUGGUGGGGAGCCGCAACCCCAAACGCGUAGCUGGGCUGUUCCCCUCAGCAGCCCAAGUGACUUGCCAGGCAGAUGCAGUGAGCUCCUCAGAGGUCAUCUUUGUGGCUGUGUUCCGGGAGCACUACUCUUCACUGUGCAAUCUCAGCGACCAGCUUGCUGGCAAGAUCCUGGUGGACGUCAGCAACCCCACAGAGCAAGAGCACCUUCAGCAUCGUGAGUCCAAUGCUGAGUACCUGGCUUCCCUCUUCCCAACCUGCACAGUGGUUAAAGCCUUCAAUGUCAUCUCUGCCUGGACCCUGCAGGCUGGCCCAAGGGAUGGCAAUAGGCAGGUGCCCAUCUGCGGCAAUCAGCCAGAAGCCAAGCGUGCUAUCUCAGAGUUGGCACACACCAUGGGCUUCAUGCCCAUGGACAUGGGAUCCCUGGCAUUGGCCCGGGAGGUGGAGGCCAUCCCCCUGCGCCUCCUCCCAGGCUGGAAGGUGCCCACCCUCCUAGCCCUGGGGCUGUUCAUCUGCUUCUAUGCCUACAACUUCAUCCGGGAUGUGCUGCAGCCCUACGUACAGGAGGGCAAGAACAAGUUCUACAAGCUGCCGUUGUCCGUGGUCAACACCACACUGCCAUGCGUGGCCUACGUGCUACUGUCACUGGUGUACCUGCCCGGUGUGCUGGCGGCUGCCCUGCAGCUGUGGCGCGGCACCAAGUACCGCCGCUUCCCUGACUGGCUGGACCACUGGCUGCAGCACCGCAAGCAGAUUGGGCUGCUCAGCUUCUUCUGUGCCUCCCUGCACGCGCUCUACAGCUUCUGUGCGCCAGUGGGCCGCACCCAUCGCUACGAGCUGGUCAACCUGGCCGUCAAGCAGGUCUUGGCCAACAAGAGCCGCCUGUGGGUGGAGGAGGAAGUCUGGAGGAUGGAGAUUUACCUCUCUGUGGGAGUGCUGGCCCUUGGCACGCUGUCCCUCCUGGCUGUCACCUCCCUGCCGUCCAUUGCAAACUCACUCAACUGGAGGGAGUUCACCUUCGUUCAGUCCACGCUGGGCUUCGUGGCCCUGGUGCUGAGCACACUGCACACGCUCACCUAUGGCUGGACCCGCGCCUUCGAGGAGAGCCGCUAUAAAUUCUUCCUGCCACCCACCUUCACGCUCACGCUACUGGUGCCCUGCGUCGUCAUUCUGGCCAAAGGCCUGUUCCUCCUGCCCUGCUUAAGACGCAGACUCAACAGGAUCCGGAGGGGCUGGGAGAGGGACGGCGCCGUCAGGUUCACGCUGCCCCUGGACCACAUGCUGGCCGAGAAAACAAGCCACGUGUGAGGUGUUGCGGGCUCUGGACACCAGGAGGGAUGGUGUCCUGAGCCUGUCAGGUUUUCUUUUCUUGAUGGUGCACUGUGUUGUAAUUACGUGCAAAAGGGCAGUUGGAGGUCCGAAUUCCUGGGAUGCAAAUGUAUACAGUAAUAUUCAGAAUGACACACACACACAUGCGUGUGAUAUGUAUGUACAUAUAUUCCAUAUGUAUAACAGGAUUUGCAAUUAUAUUUACUUAGCUAAAAAGUUGGGUCCUUGAGAUUUCAACAUAUAUAUUUAAAAGCAAGUGCUGAUAUUGGGAGAAGAGCAAAUUGUGCUCUGGGAUGUACCCACACUUUUUGUAUAGAAGAGGCUUGUCCCUUGCUGGAUUCGAUCCGUCCAUUCCUUCCACUCUGCUUUUGCUCUGUUUCGAGGGCUCCUGUAGAGCCGGGGCACUAAGGUGGCAGGGAAGACAAGGGCUCUGGCUGGAGCCACCCCAGGUGCGUGCAGUGAGCUGAAGUGCCACUGUGAGGAGCAGGCAGUGGACUAGGGGUGGCAGGGAGCCCUGACUCUGUGCCUGGGCAGUGGUGGGAGGGUGGGGACAGGGCUGAAGCUGCUCCAUCUAAUCCUCCCUGAGCUGCAGAGAUUUUUUUUCUCUGCAAGUCAGAAGUCACCAUGGAGCCUGCAAAUUGAUGCUCCUGUGAGAGUGUGAAGUCACCUCCUCGCCAGAGACAUUAAUGAACCCAGUCUUGAGAACAAGUGUAGUUUCUUUCCCUCCUGUAAGUUAGCGGUGACCGUUCUUUAAACCACUGUGCCUUCUCACUUUUUCCAUCAUUAGUUUCAACAUCUCCCAGGAAGACCUGGAGCAAACCCUUUAGAAAUCAGUCCAAGGGGGAGAGGAAGAGCCCAUAAGAGCUCACUAGGCAAUGGAAUUGCGCCCUUUUACGACCCUGCCCGGGGCCUGAAGGACUGUGUUCAUUAAGUCAGUUCUGUGGGAAGCACCAGGGACCCCUUCUAAUGUCCUCUGCUGCUGCUGGGCAGAGAACCUGCUUCCCAAGCAUCCAGAAAACCACCCCAGUUCCAACUUCCUCCUGAUGAGUAUACAUUUCAGAACGGGGGGAGGGUCUUCUUCGCCAAAGCUAUAAACCUAAAGUGCAGACCCCUGCCAGGGCCCCAAGACACUUGUCCUCCACUCCUAUGCCACCCACCACAGGUUCCUACUGAAACCAGUUGGUCUCCCCUGUAGAGAAAGAGCUGUUCUCGGCUGAGCUCUCAAACUCCCUGCAGAACCAGGGAGAUCUGCCAGUGCAAAAGCAUCUUUGAACACAAGAGGAGGGGAGGUCUCGAUGGGUCUCCUGGGCCCUAAGUCAUCUUCUGAUGGGACAAAGAGAUUAGGGCCAGUAAAGGCUAACCAGAGGGGCCCAGGCGAGUUGGCUCACACAUGUAAUCCUAGAACUCUGGGAGGUGGAGGCAGGUGGAUCACCUGAGCUCAGGAGGUUGCGACCAGCCUGAGCAAACGUGAGGCCCCAUCUCUACUAAAAACAGAAAAACUAGCCAGGUGUUAUGGUGGGUACCUGUAGUCCCAACUACUCGGGAGGCUGAGGCAAGAGGAUCUCUUGAGCCCAGGAGUUUGAAGUUGCUGUGAGCUAUGAUGCCACGGCACUCUUCCCAGGGUGACAGAGUGACACUGUCAAGGAAAAAAAACAAGGGUGACCAGAGAGAGCCAUGAGAUGAUAUUCCCCUGCCUCCUCUGGGAGCUACGUGGGCUCACAUCUGUGAAGCACAUUAGGAUCCUUUAGGGAAACAAAGCAGGAAGGAGCAGCCCAGUGUAAGAUCAUCUCAUCAGGCCUGAGACUGGUGGAGGGAAGGCCGUGCCUCGAAACUCUGCUUCCUGCAGAUGUUUUCCAUCUGCUGCCCUAAGGCUGAGUGGCAGAAGCUUGUCUCUGCCAGCACUGAUGGAGCAUCAGCUGUGCCCCCACAGAGCCCUGCUGAGAAGGAGACAGGUGAAGUAGAGAUGUUAGCAUUUGAUGGCACAGGAGGGCCCAUCGAUUACCUGCCAAUAGGAAGCAGAGACUGUGGGCAGUGGAAACCCACCAGUGAUCCCCAACUCCAGCGGGUGCUGGCCACCUUCCUUAUCUGGCCCAACCUGGCCAGGUGGUUGCUUACACCAAAGAUGCCGACACAGAGCCAAGGCCAGUGGACUUCCUCCCCUUCCCCACUCACUGAAGGCCUCAUCAGGAGGGAAGCACUUCCAAGGUGGGGGUCAAGCAGGGACAGGCACCACUGAUAGCCUGUCGUCUACCAGCUGGACAGCUGGCUCACAGAAGGCAGGUGGGAUGAUGCUGGGCCCUGAUCUGUGACUGCUGCCUCUCUUCCCUACCUCACCAGGCAGCUGGCAACAGCAUCCCCCGAGAACACAUCACUCCCUGCAGCCUUGUAAAUUCUCUGUGCCUCUGGGUACACAAGUGCCUCAACCAACAUACUCCAAAAAUCCUAAAUGCCAUGGUCUGAGGUUAACAUCUAAAAUCUAUGCCAUUGAAAAAAUCUGUGUAAUAUUUUUUAACUUUAUAGACCUUGUCUAAAAAGCAGCAAAAAUAAACACAUAACCCUC